CUUUAAUCAUGUGAUAAUAUGUCCCACGUGCUCUUAAAAUUUUGAAAAUUUAUAUUGUUUUCGCCGAGACAAUUUUGUUCAGUUGUUUAGUUUAGGCUUUAGCUGAGCAUCUUUACCGUCAUGGAGUGUAGAAGUGUAUUCCUACUGUUGUUGAUUUGCGUUGCACAGUCAUGGUGUCACUUGUGUCUUAUAUUCCCAGAACAGAGAGGGGAUAUGGAUAUCACAAGGAGUGGUAGUAGUACCUGCUUCAGACAUGGUUCUCCAUGCGGAGGACAAGCACCUGAAACGCCGGGAGUUACUCCGUAUAUGGGCGGACAACAGAUGUGGAUUAAAAUCCAACAGAAUUAUAAUCACUAUGAAGUUGGGUUUCCAGGAUAUAUGGAUAUUGCUAUAGCUCCACUAAAUAGCCUUGACUUCCAGAUGUUGGCAUUUACGCCAGAUUAUUAUGUGCAUGCGCAGGAUCAUGUGAAGAAUUUCACAACUAUAGUGGUGCUGCCUAACAUUGAUUGUGACCACUGUGUGAUUCGAGCACGUUACAACCCUCAUAAACCGGGGGAAACAAUUUUCUAUCAAUGUGCUGAUAUCAAAAUCAAGAAGUCUGAUGGAUUAUCACAAACCCCACCAAUGUCUCUUCCUCCAUUGUCACAGAGCCUCGAUCCGGAGUAUAGAACUGUCAGAAAGAAGAUGGAUGUAUUGAGAUACAGAAAUAGGUUUGGACCGAAAAUGGACAAACAAUAUAUCUUCGGACUAUCAUAUAACCCAUUUGACAAAGCUAUAGUAAAUUUCAUGAACAUUUCUUUAACAACAGGUUACCCUAAAUACUUCGAUGGAGUCGAUUUAGUGAUUAUUGAAUCUAAACUAAAAAAUGAUGUUACAAAACGAAAAUCAACUACCAGGGAAACUGAAAAGAUUUUUGGUUACAUCUGUGCCGCUAUUGGUGCCAUAAAUUCAAGGGGAGAUUACGUUGGACUAUUUCAUGACGAAAAAUUAGACGAUGAUUUAGCAUUCAACGUCAUGGUUAUAAACCUACAUGGUGAAAAUACUGAGUUCUACCCAAUAAAAGCUUUAAAGGCACCAAUCAAUGCCAUUCUACCAUAUUCCAAUGGUAGCUUCUAUACUUUCUCAAUUGCAGAGGGCUCGGAUGCAGGAGAUUAUGCAUUUGAAUUAGGAACAUUGAUAUUUCAUCCCGACCCUAAGGAUUAUGACCCAUGGUAUCAGUAUACACCAAUUGUAAAAACUCAGGAGAAUUUAUACAUAAACUUCCAGUGGGCAGAAUAUGAUCCAAUUAGACAUCUUGUUUAUGUUUUGAUGGGAAAUGAAAAUUCACCAGAUAAGUUACAGGCUAGAUUAUAUACUUUCAGUGCAUUCAACAUGUCAAUUGCAAUAACAAAUAUAGACGUAGAUCAGUUUACAUUUAGUUCCAUGCAUUUGGAUAAAAGAACCGGGAAGCUUUAUGCAGUCUCGCCUGGCCUUUUUUAUUCAACGAACGUUCAGUGGCAUUUGAUAGAAGUCGAUCCAUUAACUGGCAAAUCAGAAAGUGUUUUUCAGAUAGCUUCAUUUGGUUAUUUUGCACGAUACUAUGGAGGCAGUAUUUUCAAUGGUAUAAGUCCUGAAGGUAUUUUGUAUCAUGUCUUCAGACUAGCUGACACAGAUGCUGACGUCAUAGCUGCCAUUGACAUCUCCAAAAAAACAGUUACAUUUUCAGAAAUAACAAACUUAAGAAGUGUCCAUAACUUAGCGCUUGUGAACAUGCCAUAGAUUAGUAUAGUUAUGUGUUUUGUAAUUGAUUUUAUAUAAAUUUUGAAAGUUCA